AUGUUAGAUAAGAAAGCAGAUAAAACUUAUGUGGAUGCAGAACUAACAAAGAAAUUUUCGAAACCAGAUACAAUGACAUUUACAACAGAAAUUAUAAAUGGUGAACCAGCAACUCCAUUUGAAUUUGUUAGAGGUCUUCAACCAGAUACUUUUGAAUUUUUCUUGGAUAAUUCUAUUGAACUAACAUUACAUUAUAAAAGUGGAACAAAUGCAACAUUUCAUCCGGGAGAUACAUUCCAAAUGGUAUUUAAUGACAUAAGUUCUUUAGAAUAUGUUUAUAGAGUUAUGAGCAUAUAUGAUUUAAUAUAUCCUAUAGGAGCUGUUUAUACGUCUAUGAAUCCAAUAAAUCCAAACACUUUAUUUGGUGGUAGAUGGUAUGAAAUAGUUGACAGUUUUCCAUUCUACACUAAUACGCAGUCAAUGAAGAUGGGAGGUUCAAAGAAAAUAGGUAUUGAAAACCUUCCUUCACAUAUGCAUAGGUUCAGUGGAAGAACAUCUGUGGAAGGAAACCAUUCACAUUCAAUAACAAAAAGAGGUUAUACAAAUCUUGCAGCGGGUUCGGAUAGACAGGGAAUGCAUAGAUAUGAUAUUUCAACUGACCCAGUAGAUUCAAGCACAGGUAUUUUCUGUGGAACUGCAGGAAAUCAUACACAUGUUGUAGCUGGUAUUACAGACCCAGCAGGUAAUGGAAAAGAUUAUAUGCCUCCUUAUAUAACAAUGCACGCUUGGAUACGAGUUGGUUAA